UUGAAAAGUUAGGUUACGUGUGAUGUGUUCCACGUCAAAAACCACCAACAGCGAUGAAAAAACCGUUUACGUAGAAGCGCGUCAAGUCACACAGCCCUGCUGUAAUGUUGUGAUAUAGUUUUAAAAGUAUUUAGGCAAUGGACAAGAACGUUAGGUUAAAUUUGUUGAACGAAGAUGAGACGGUUUCAGCGCGCGAGUGGCGAAAAGCGCUCCGGUCUCACCCAACUUACCGGAUCGUUAACAAAACUAUAAGGGGCCAGACACAGUUUAUAAGCGUCGUAGGUUUUACUGGAUUGUGCGUCCUAAUCGUAUUGUAUAUGUAUCCAAGAAGAGGCUCUUUUGGUUUACGCAGCCCUGCGAUUAGCACAUAUAACUACACGUAUCCGUUAACUAGGCCUAUUAGGACGAGCAGUUUGCAUAGUUUUCGUAUAGGCAUUAUUGCGGAUUUGGAUACAAAUUCGAAAAGUGAUCAGGAAAAAAACCAGUGGCACUCGUUCUUAAAGACGGGCUAUCUCAGUUAUAACCCUGCCAAUCACGCUGUUGUCGUUACUUGGGAUAGAUCCGAUGUUAGGCAAUUGAAAAACAGCUACGCCCUUAAAGGGCGAGGUAUGGAGCUGUCUGAGCUUGUGGUGUUUGACGGAAGACUUCUGACCUUCGACGAUCGCACGGGUAUUAUAUUUGAGAUUGUUAACGAAGUACAAAUGAUUCCGUGGGUCUUGUUAACCGACGGUAACGGAAAGUCGGCAAAAGGAUUCAAAUCUGAAUGGGCAACUGUUAAAAACGAACUUUUAUAUAUAGGAUCAAUGGGUAAAGAGUGGACUACGGCUAGCGGGGAGUUUGAAAGCCACGAUCCGCAGUAUAUUAAAAUUGUUACCACCCAAGGACAGGUUACCCAUGUGAAUUGGGUAAAAGAAUACAAUCGGUUACGUGAAUCCCUUGGGAUUUACUGGCCAGGUUACAUGAUCCACGAGAGCGGCGUUUGGUCUGACGUCCACAAGCGUUGGUUCUUCUUGCCUCGUAGGUGCAGCAAAGAGCAAUACAACGAGUCUUUGGACGAAAGGCGCGGUUGCAACGUCCUCUUGUCGGCAGACACUAACAUGUAUGACGUAAAAGUCGUGCAACUGGUCAACUCUGUCAACACGCGAGGAUUCUCAAGCUUCAAGUUCGUUCCCACGUCGAACGAUUAUGUGAUAGUGGCGCUCAAAACCGAAGAAGUCAAUGGCACAACCGCAACAUACAUAACGGCUUUUACCAUUGACGGCGAAAUACUCCUGGACGACUCGUAUAUUUCCGACUUGAAAUACGAAGGGAUCGAAUUUAUUUAGCAUUCCGCUCAAGAAAGUUAUUGUAUAUAUGGUUCCAUUGUUUUUGUAAAUAAAUUUGUAAAUUGAUCGUUUCGCCGAGUAAGUAAUUUAUUGCGAAAAUAUAAAGCAAUGCUCCGAAUUGGCGUCUUAUUUCAAGGAAUUUUAUUCUUUCCCUAAAACAAAAAAUAAUUUCCACAAAAGCCCCAGGAUUGGAGACAAUCGCUUAACCCCAUUUAGCGAUGACUAUUAUUGGUUCAUAAUUUUGCUGCAAACUGUUUUACAAUUAUAAUUUUGUUAUUCCAUAAACAUAGUUCACACCACA